UAUUUCAUUUUACAGCAAUAACUACACUUCUUAACACACAAAAUAUCCCUUAUUGCCGUUAUACUCGAGCCUUCACUUUCCCACCAGCAUUUCGUGUUCUUUACUUUUUACUGCUAGCAAAAAAGGUGGGGGUGCCAUGUAUACAUAAUGUGGGUGAUUUCUUGAUUAUCUUGAACCUUUGGUUUCUGGGAUUUGUAUCAUUUGCAUUUUGUUCUACAAGGAGUAAGAAAUGGCGCCGAUAGUGGUGAAGCCUGAUGACCCACCGCCGCAUAUACCAAAAGAUCAGCUUCCCAAUGUUUUCUACUGCAUUACCAGUCCUCCUCCAUGGCCUGAGGCCAUCCUUCUUGGAUUUCAACAUUAUAUAGUAAUGCUUGGCACAACCGUCAUCAUACCCACAGCGCUGGUUCCUCAAAUGGGGGGAGGAAAUGAGGAGAAAGCUAAAGUUAUUCAGACUCUGCUGUUUGUUGCUGGAUUGAACACUCUAUUGCAAUCACUCUUUGGAACAAGAUUACCUGUUGUGAUCGGAGGGUCAUACACUUUUGUUGCACCCACAAUUUCGAUUAUCCUGUCUGGUCGAUGGAAUGAUCCAGACCCUGUUUCGAAAUUCAAGAAGAUAAUGAGGGCCACACAGGGUGCACUUAUUGUAGCUUCAACCAUUCAAAUAGUACUAGGUUUCAGUGGCCUUUGGCGUAAUGUUGCAAGGUACCUGAGUCCACUUUCAGCUGUUCCACUAGUUGCUCUUGCAGGUUUUGGGCUUUAUGAGUUUGGUUUCCCUGGGGUUGGCAAAUGUGUUGAAAUUGGGUUGCCACAGCUCAUAAUUGUAAUUUUUAUUUCUCAGUAUCUGGUUGACCUGAUAAAGCCAGGAAAGCAUAUCUUUGAACGUUUUGCGGUUUUAAUCACGGUGGUGAUUGUAUGGAUUUAUGCUCAUUUACUUACUGUGGGUGGGGCAUAUAACGAUAAAGCACCAAAGACUCAAACAAGCUGCAGAACCGAUCGUGCAGGACUCAUUGACGCUGCUCCAUGGAUAAGAGUUCCAUACCCGUUUCAAUGGGGAGCACCUUCAUUUGAUGCUGGUGAAGCCUUUGCCAUGAUGAUGGCAGCGUUUGUUGCUCUUGUAGAGUCCUGUGGUGCCUUCAUUGGUGCGUCCAGAUUAUCUAGUGCAACUCCUUUGCCACCAUCUAUUCUUGGCCGUGGUAUUGGCUGGCAGGGCGUUGCUAUCUUGUUGUCCGGUUUGUUUGGAACUGGAAAUGGAUCAUCAGUUGCUGUUGAGAACGUUGGCUUGAUAGGACUGACGCGUGUUGGCAGUCGAAGAGUUGUGCAGAUAUCUGCUGGAUUCAUGCUUUUCUUUUCUGUUCUUGGCAAAUUUGGAGCAGUCUUCGCUUCUAUCCCAGCACCAAUUUUUGCUGCUUUAUAUUGUGUUUUUUUUGCUUAUGUUGGUUCAAGCGGUCUAGCUUUUCUUCAGUUCUGCCAGCUUAACAGUUUCCGCAACAAAUUCAUAUUAGGCUUUUCGAUAUUCAUGGGAUUGUCCGUGCCCCAAUACUUCAACGAGUACACUGCUAUUAAGGGCUAUGGCCCUGCCCACACGUCUGGGAGAUGGUUCAACGACAUAAUAAACGUCCCUUUCUCAUCGGAAGCCUUUGUGGCCGGGAUAUUGGCGUAUUUUCUCGACAACACAUUAGACAAGAAGGAUCCUCAAGUAAGGAAUGAUAGAGGAAGACAUUGGUGGGACAGAUUCCAUUCCUUCAAGAGUGAUGCAAGAAGUGAGGAAUUCUAUUCCCUUCCCUUCAAUCUCAAUAAAUAUUUCCCAUCUGUGUAAGUUUUCCUCGUGUCGUUAAGUAGUUCUUAAUAACUAAAUAUGGGCCAAAGAGACCGUACCAUUGUUGUUCAACUUUUAUAAUUUGUAACAUGGUAAAGAAAUAUAAACAGCCUGACCAUUUCAAGGAAGUAUAGAGUCGAUUCUUGAGUCUCAGAGUCAAUGAACUUGUUGAUGUUUGUUCGAAUUUAUUUCUUUAUCUAUAAAUCUAUUUGUUAUGAAUA